AUGAAAGCAACGGAGACAGCUGCCAAUAUUGUUGACGAGAGUGUCUCAUUGGAAGCGGCAAGGGAGGCACAUGUAGAGCAUGAGAUAGCCGAGAAGACAAACGAUGAGAGCGCAGAACGUACCAACACAGGUCAUCUUGAGGUCGGGAAAGCUGAGACAGAAACGGUUAGCAAGAUGACGGGAAUGGAGCAACAUGCUCUGCAGAAGAUGAAGAACGAGGCGUCUCUGAGUGACUUCCAUUUGGAUGGGAACAAGCAAGAGAACGCUCUUGAGAUGAUGAAGAAGGAGGAGGCGAUGACACUCGUCCCUUCUACAGUCUCUGAUGGCGAUGCGAGGAACCAUUCCGCCAUUGACGAAUGCUUUGAAGAGAGCACGGAUACUUCCAACAACAUCCUGCCUUUGCCAUUGACUCCUGGUGCGCCAAUCAUGCUGGCAUCACUUCCCGGGGCAAUUCCAGUGACGCCAGGGCUAAGCGCGACGAGACAUAACCAUCAGGCAGAGGUAGACCGUCAAGGUAUCGAACCAUCCCAGCGAGAUUCAGUUGAGCGAGACGACGAAGAGCAGCCUGCAAUGCAGGUUAUUGAUGGGGCUGUUGUCGUCGGCGAUGAAGAGAACGGUGGUGGUGUCGCGCACGUAGCUCGAGAGCACAUCCCAGUCCAAGAGAACGAGGUGAUCGAUGGUACGAUUCUGCCAGAAAGUGCCCCAAAGCCAGCCAGCAACAAACGGUGGGCUAUUCUGAUUGGAACUUUUGCCGUCGCGUUCUGCGUGGUAAUCAUUCUUGCCAUUGCCUUGAGUCCUCGACCAGAAGACGACGAUGCUGACGUGCAGGUUCCUCUUGAGACUGAAUCGCUCAAUGAAGAAAUGCAGCUGUAUCCUUUCUUCUCAGAGGGCUUACGUACUGAGGUGAAGGCAGGCAUUGAAAUCAUUGGCAGUCCCUUGUACUUUGCAAAUCGCUGGAUGCUGGAAGACCCGCUGCUCGAGACCUACCCUCCGGAACGAGAGAUGCAGAGAUUCAACAUGGCGGCGUUCUUCCUUCUAACCAAUGGUUACAAUUGGACUAGACGAGACGGCUGGUUAAGCUACUACAUCGCUGAAUGCAACUGGUUUUCCAAAAGCAUCGAACGUCCUUGUGAUGACACUGGAGUACUCAUGAACCUCAACCUUUCCUCCAACAACCUGCAAAGAGCCUACACGGAUGAGACUAUCGACUUUGGCACUAUUCGAUCGUUCGAUUUAUCCUAUAACAACUUUACAGGUCCACCACCUCCGCUUAGAGCUCACAAUCUUGAAAUCUUUGUGGUCUCCCAUAACAAGUUCACCGGACAGGGAAGGGGGAGUGGCAUUCUCAAUUCCAAGCUUCGGGUCGUCAAACUCGACAGCAAUCACUUUAUUCGAGGCAAUCCAAAUGUGUUCCUUCUCUUGCCACACUUGGAAGUAUUCAAUAACUCAAACAACUUCAAAAGCAACCGCGAGAAUCCCUAUUCGGGGUUAGUCGCCCGUUGCAGAAACUUGACUCACUUGGCAUCGGCGAACAACAAUCACUACGGCAUGAUUCCAACAGAGUUGGGCAGCUUGAGUCGCCUCGAGGAACUGGACCUUGCACGCAACCCCCAUAUGAGUGGGCUAGUACCAUCAGAACUGGGACUGUUGACUAGCUUAACAAAGUUGGAUCUGGGUGGAACUUCGGUUUCGGGGGUUCUUCCAGAGCCACUAUUUCAGAGACAAGUUCUAACUGUGGCCCUCGGUUUUGGAGCAUCAAUCUGGACAGGUAACAGGGCUGCGCCCUACGGGGGAGUUGCCAAUUGA